GCAUAUCCGGGUUGGUGCGCGACAGUAUCGAUGUGUUUUGAAGAAAUGACGCCAGUGUUUCUAGGUUAGCAAAGGAGAUGGUAGCUCUAACCUAUUCACUGCUUGUAGCGUGAGACACUGGAUCUACCGAUAUGCCUUGCUGCUGCCCGUGGUCGAGAUGCUGUGGCCUGGGCGACUUCAGGCCGCGGACGGUGUGGUUGGGACACCCCGAGAAGAGGGAGCAGCGAUACCCCAGAAACGUCAUCAACAACCAGAAGUACAACUUCUUCACCUUCCUACCUGGGGUGCUCUUCAACCAGUUUAAGUACUUCUUCAACCUGUACUUCCUGCUCCUGGCCUGCUCCCAGUUCGUCAAUGAGCUCAGGCUUGGUGCUCUAUAUACAUACUGGGUACCACUGGGUUUCGUGCUAAUCAUCACCAUCGUGCGGGAGGCCGUGGAGGAGAUGAGGUGCUUUCUGAGGGACAAAGAAGUCAAUUCACAGAUCUACAGCAAGCUCUCCACCAGAGGCACAGUGAAGGUGAAGAGUAGUGGCAUUCAGGUGGGAGAUCUUAUCAUCGUCGAAAAGAACCAGCGCGUUCCAGCUGACAUGAUCUUCCUGCGCACAUCAGAGAGAAACGGCUCCUGCUUCCUAAGGACUGACCAGCUGGAUGGAGAGACAGACUGGAAACUCCGAUUGCCCGUGGCCUGUACUCAGAGACUGCCCACUGCAGCUGAUCUGCUGCAGAUUCGUGCAUAUGUGUACGCAGAGGAGCCUAACAUUGACAUUCACAACUUCAUCGGUACCUUCACCAGGGAGGAUGGAGAUCCACCAGUGAAUGAGAGUCUGAGCAUUGAAAACACCCUGUGGGCCAGCACAGUCGUUGCCUCAGGUACGGUGGUGGGUGUGGUGGUCUACACAGGGAAAGAGCUGCGUAGUGUGAUGAACACAUCUAACCCUCGGCACAAGAUCGGCCUGUUUGACCUGGAGGUGAACUGCCUGACUAAGAUCCUGUUUGGGGCCCUGGUGGUGGUGUCCCUGGUCAUGGUGGCUCUGCAGCACUUUGCAGGCCGCUGGUACCUGCAGAUCUUCCGCUUCCUCCUGCUCUUCUCCAACAUCGUGCCCAUCAGUUUGCGUGUCAAUUUGGACAUGGGGAAGAUGGUAUUCAGCUGGAUGAUCCGCAAAGAUUCCAAAAUUCCCGGAACUGUGGUCCGAGCGAGCACCAUUCCGGAACAGCUGGGGCGCAUCUCCUACCUCCUAACGGAUAAGACGGGCACCUUGACCCAGAAUGAGAUGGUGUUCCGGCGACUGCAUCUGGGAACGGUAGCCUAUGGCAUGGACUCCAUGGACGAGGUGCAGAGCCACGUCUUCAGCGCAUACACCCAGCCUUCUCAUGACCUCCCGACCUCCCGUGUCCCGGCGGCCACCAAGGUGCGCAAGACCAUCAGCAGCCGCGUGCACGAGGCUGUGAAGGCCAUCGCCCUGGUGCACAACGUCACCCCCGUCUACGAGGCCAACGGAGUCACCGACCAGGCCGAGGCAGAACAACACUACGAGGACACCUGCAGAGUCUACCAGGCAUCCAGCCCCGAUGAGGUCUCCCUGGUGCAGUGGACAGAGAGUGUGGGCCUGACUCUGGUUGGCCGUGACCAGUCCUCCAUGCAACUGAGGACACCUAGUGGACAGAUCCUGAACUUCACCAUCCUGCAGAUCUUCCCCUUCACCUAUGAGAGCAAGCGCAUGGGCAUCAUUGUGCGGGAUGAGUCCUCUGGAGAGAUCACGUUUUACAUGAAGGGGGCGGAUGUGGUGAUGGCCGGCAUUGUCCAGUACAAUGAUUGGCUGGAGGAGGAGUGUGGCAACAUGGCCAGAGAAGGACUGAGGGUGCUAGUGGUGGCUAAGAAGUCCCUGACCGAGGAACAGUACCAGGACUUUGAGGCUCGUUAUGUGCAGGCCAAGUUGAGUGUGCAUGACCGCUCCCUGAAGGUGGCGACGGUGAUCGAGAGUCUGGAGAUGGAGAUGGAGCUGCUGUGUCUGACGGGGGUGGAGGACCAGCUGCAGGCCGACGUCAGACCCACACUGGAGAUCCUGCGCAACGCCGGCAUCAAGGUUUGGAUGCUGACUGGGGACAAACUGGAGACGGCCACCUGCACUGCCAAGAACGCCCACCUCGUCACCCGCAACCAGGACAUACAUGUCUUCCGAUCUGUGACCACACGAGGAGAGGCCCACCUCGAGCUCAACGCCUUCAGGAGGAAACACGACUGCGCUCUGGUGAUCUCAGGAGACUCCCUGGAGGUGUGUCUGAAGUUCUACGAGUAUGAGUUUAUGGAGCUGGCAUGCCAGUGCCCGGCGGUGGUCUGCUGUCGCUGCGCCCCCACCCAGAAGGCCCAGAUCGUACGGCUGCUGCAGGAGCGCACUGGCAAACUCACCUGUGCAGUAGGGGACGGAGGAAAUGAUGUCAGCAUGAUACAGGAAGCAGACUGCGGCGUGGGAGUGGAGGGCAAAGAAGGGAAGCAGGCGUCUCUGGCUGCCGACUUCUCGGUGACUCAGUUUAAGCAUCUGGGCCGGCUGCUGAUGGUGCACGGCAGGAACAGCUACAAGCGAUCGGCCGCCCUCAGCCAGUUUGUCAUCCACAGGAGCUUAUGCAUCAGUACCAUGCAGGCUGUCUUCUCUUCUGUGUUCUACUUCGCCUCAGUCCCUCUGUACCAAGGAUUUCUGAUCAUCGGAUACUCCACCAUCUACACCAUGUUCCCCGUCUUCUCGCUCGUGCUGGACAAGGAUGUCAAGUCUGAAGUGGCCAUGCUCUACCCAGAACUCUACAAGGACUUACUCAAGGGUCGACCGCUUUCCUUCAAGACGUUUCUCAUAUGGGUCCUGAUAAGUAUUUACCAAGGCAGCAUCAUCAUGUACGGCGCGUUACUCCUAUUUGAGUCAGAGUUUGUGCACAUCGUGGCCAUCUCGUUCACGUCCCUGAUCCUGACGGAGCUGCUGAUGGUGGCCCUGACGGUGCAGACGUGGCACUGGCUCAUGAUCGUGGCCGAGCUGUCCAGCCUGGCAUGCUACAUCGCAUCGCUUGUCUUCCUGCACGAGUUCAUCGAUGUGUAUUUCAUCGCCACGCUGUCGUUCGUGUGGAAGGUGACGGCCAUCACGCUGGUCAGCUGUCUGCCCCUCUACAUCCUGAAGUACCUGCGACGUCGCUUCUCACCACCCAGCUACUCCAAGCUCACCUCUUAAAGCUACCAGGCCCCACCAUGCACCCCACUGCACUGCACACACGCAGCUACUACUGUACUAGCUAUCAAGCCCACACUGCACUGCAGUCCCACAGCGACUACAAGCUAAAGCCCUGAAGCUGUCACGUCCCCUCUGUACAAUACUGCACGCACACACAGUCAGACUGCUAACAGGGGCACGCUAACUUACUACGAGCCACAUUACCUUGCUUGUGCUGAGGCUUCGUCUGACUUGGUAAAAUGUGUGUGCGUGCGUGCGUGUGUUUGUGUGUGUUUGAAUAUUGUCUCAUUUGGCACAUUUCCAUUCCUCAGAGCAUUCCCAAAUAGCCCAGUUUGGAAAAUUAGGGAAAACUGUCCAUUGCAGAUACAGUAGUUUGCCCUUUUUUGUUUUUGUUUUUGGAAAAGCACUGUGUUGUGGUUUUAAAUAUUGUAUUGUUGAUGUAACUGGGGGUACUACUAUUGAUUUGCGCAUUUGCACUGGCAACAAUGGUAGUACUGUAUCGCAAACACUGGAAAUGAGAACAGCACCCUGUAAAUACUGUAUGUGGACCCUGCUAGAGGUAUCGUUUUCCAAAGUGUGUGUGUGUGUGUGUGUGUGUGUGUGUGUGUGUGUGUGUGUGUGUGUGUGUGUGUGUGUGUGUGUGUGUGUGUGUGUGUUUGUGUUUGUGUUUGUGUGUGUGUGGUACACACACGCUUAUAUUCACAUUAUUGACAGGAACUCGUGUCAAGGUCAAAUGGUGGUUGUAUGGCAAGCCUUCAGUCUUGCUCAAAUAGCAAAAGGCUAAAAUGACCCAGUGACUUACUAGGCCACAAACUAUGGGCUAUUUCCACAUAGGCGUCCUGUCCAGCGGUCAUCCCAUCAGGUUGGAUGAGCAUUCAAAUGGCAUUGGUGGCCGAUCAAAGUAUGGGCGUGUGUCCCUUGUUUAUUUUAGUCUGUCUCAUCCAGCAAUGCUUGCGUGUGUGUCUGUGUGUGUCUGUGUGUGUGUGUUCCAUGACGCCUUGUGUGCUUACACCCACUAUCAGCCCUCAUACACAACCACUUACUUGACCUGCAAAGGACCUACAACCCUAAGUCUCUCAAAAGGCUACUGCUAAUGACCUUACAAGCCUAUGUCUCUGAAGAGAGUCCUUGAAAGUAUGCAACCUUCAAAGGCACCUUCUAAGGACCCUAAUAAUUCAUUCAUUGGCUACAUGUACAUGACAUUUUUAAUUCAGAAUUAAAUAGUUCUGCUGAGUUUUCUUUGAUCAUUUAAUUCCGCAUUGUGAAGUGAUCACAUGACGUUUUCAAAGCGGAAUUAAGCUUUAUUCAGAAUUGAAAUUAGUUCAUUACGAAUUAAAUGUGUCAUGUAAAUGUAGCAAAUGUCUCUUUAACGGCCUCCUCUGCUUGCCCACACUUUAUUUUUAUGGAGUCUCCCUUUGGACCGCCUUUAAGCAGCAUGUUGGAGUGUGUAAAUACUUGAAUGCGCUUGUGGUGUGCAAUUAAUGGUUCCUAAACCACGUUCUUCUUCAUUGUGUAGUUGUAUUAAUGACUAACAAUUGUCAGGGAAAGAAACAAUGUGUGUAUGUGUGUGUUUGAAUCUGUGCUUGUGUGCUAGUGUAUGUGUGUGCACAAAUGUGCCCGUGUGUGUGGGCCUGUGUGUGUGUGUGUGUGCCCGUGUGCCUGUGUGUGUUUGUGCAUGCUUGUGUAUGUGUGCAAAUGCGUCUCCGGAUGUACAGCGUGCCAACACUGCCCAGCCAAUCUCCAGUAGCGGGCCAAACGCACCUAAAGAAGUGGCCAUAGGUAUCUGUAGUAGACCUCCUGUGUUACAGGGUCCUAGACUAGUGUAAAGACUACUGACAUCCCUCUCCCUUUCCUCACUCACUAACACACACACACACACACACACACACCUGCAUGAGAAUUGGUUGCUCUGCUCAUAAUGACACACACCAAGGUGUGGAUGGAGACUUGUGGAUCAACCGUCUCCUGUGAACAUGCAGCACAACCCUUCACCCCACUGCAGCACAUAGAAAAUCACCCCUGAGGAUUACUGACAUGCAUUGAAUUAUCCACUGUACAUUGUGAUUGCUAGUAGAAGCAGUUGCUCCUGUCCUGAUCACCUGCCCCCACCCCCUUCUGUCUAAUAAGCAGUGGCGGUAUAACUACAAUACAAUGGUGGUUGAAGUCAUCACACCUGUUUUAGUUCACACAGAGGUAAAUUGUUGUCAAUUUGUGAGUGAAAGAGUCCAAGGUUUGAUUGUCGUAACUAAACAGGUACAAACAAACUCCUAUUCAAUCAGAUUUAUGACUUCCUCUAGAUUGCCUAAAUCAGGUUUGAUAUUUCGCCACUUGUGUAGUGUUUCCCCCCAGGUUUUGCACGUGGUAAAGUCAGGGUUCCUCCUGUGCUAGAUUCUAAGUUGAUUCAGCUGCAACAGGAGGGGCCUCGGUUGUUUUAUUCUGUCUGAUUAAUUGUGACAUCUCUCUUGUCAGUGUAAUGCAAUGAACUAGUGUUUUUUUGUUGUUUAAUUAAUGGUAAUUGUAAAAUUGCAGAAUUGUAAAUAACAAAAGUACGUUUUAUUUAUUAACCUUUCUUACUUUGUGUUGGUAUUUGCACUCAAAAAAUUGAGCUGAACAAAAAGGGACGAUGUGUCAAUGAUCUCAGUGCUGAAAGAAUAAAAUGUGUGUUUUCUUA